AUGGAGGACACUUUCGCCCUGACAAAAGCGUACGAAAGCCUCCUUCUUGAGGCCAGUGAGAGCGCUAUGAUUACUGAGAAUUGGGAGCGUAUGGGUCAGAGCAGCGCCUGUCAGAGCAGCGCCCAGAAGUCCGAAAACAACGACAACGAAGAUGAAGUCUACGAGUGCUCUACACGUACUAAGGUACAGCAUGAAUUGGCCGUCCAAUUUCUCAAAGACAACUCAUCCUAG